AUGGCGCCCUUCGUGCCAUCAUUGCGGGUGCAGCGAUUGGAAGAGCUGCAACGGCAGCAAUCCAUCGAUCUGCAGCAGAUGCUGCUGAGAUCCGCCCGCGCGAAGAGCUGUCCAAGUUCCCCGCGGGCAAAGGCGGCGACUGCCACGCCCAACGCGACUGCCACGCCCAAUACGCCCAGACGACAGCGGCAAUGUCCCAGCGGUCAAACCACGCCGGCGCCAAGUCCCUGGACCCCGUUGACCACUCCCAGGCGGGUUCGCAAGCGAAGCCCGCAUUCUCCUCCGCCAGAACAAAAGGUGCAGGGUGUUCUAAAGCUGAUCGACUCUGUUCCCGUCCUGUCUCGAAAGGACUUUGGAAGCCUCAAGGCUGCCCGUGCUGGAGUUCUGCGUUUGGCCCAUGAGCUCGCUGGGGUGCAACAGCGCCUCAGGGCACAAGAGAAACUCCAAGAGGAGUUGCAAUUGUCUUUGGCGCGGCAUGGUGGCGACACCUUGAAACGGCGCUUGCACGAGGAGCGCUUGGUUUACGAGGACCACAUCCAAACUUUGUCCGCUGCAGACCGGGAGCGCCGGGCAGAUCCUUCGGCUGAAGGGCGCUUCGAGCAAAGUCAGUCCUUCGCAGAUCGCCUUGAGAGCCAGGCAGAAGACUUCCGUUUGCACUACCAGCAUGUGAAGGAGGUGAGGGCACUAGAUGCGAGCAUCAAGGAGGACCAAAAUGUGCAACAACGCUUGGCAUCUUUGGAGAAGAUGGUCGAGGCAAGGAGAGCUGAAUUGAAGAAGCUCCAAAGCGAAACUGUCAACGAAACUCAAGAUCAAGGUGUUCGGCACCAACUCUCGUCCAGUUGAUGGAGGCAGUUCAUGUUCUUCGCCGAGCUGUUUGGCAACAUGCGACAGCGAUGUUUCAAUGUCUUACGAUGUCUUACAAUGUCUUAGCACGUUAAAGAUGGCGUGUGACACUGGCAGAGACCGUGAAAAAGUG